AAUCCUUUUCUUUGGUAUUCUCCUCCAGACAUUGAAAAUGGAUUGUAAUGGUUAUCAUCAAGAAAAUCAUGAUCAAAACCUUUUCCCAAAGCCAAAAGUCUUAAUUCUUGAACCACCACCAGUCUUCAAAUAUCACGAAGACAAACUCUCCCAAAAAUUCCAUUUCUUGAAAGCAUGGGACUCACCACUUCCUUUAGACCAGUUUUUGACUACUCAUGCACACUCAGUCCAAGCUAUUCUGUCCCAUGGAACCUGUCCAGUCACCACCAGCACUAUAAGGCUGUUGCCAUCUCUGGGGCUUAUUGUCACCACAAGUUCUGGACUCAACCAAAUCGACUUGCAAGAGUGUCGUCGGAGAGGGGUAUCUGUGGCUUAUGCUGGAAGCCUUUUUUCUGCAGAUGUUGCUGAUAUAGCAGUAGGGCUGUUGAUUGAUGCGCUGAGAAAGAUAUCGGCUGGAAAUCGUUACGUCACCCAAGGACUGUGGGCUAACAACGGAGAUUUUUCUCUUGGCUCUAAGUUGGGAGGCAGGAAAGUUGGGAUUGUUGGACUUGGAAGCAUUGGCCUAGAAGUUGGAAAAAGGCUAGAGCCCUUUGGCUGCAAUAUCUUGUACAGCUCAAGGAACAAGAAGUCAUCUGUAUCAUACCCUUAUUAUUCCAAUGUCUGUGAACUAGCAGCAAACUGUGAGGUCCUCAUAAUUUGUUGUGAAUUAAAUGAUCAAACUCGCCACAUGAUUAACAAGGAAGUCUUGCUAGCAUUGGGGAAGAAAGGAUUGAUCAUUAAUGUUGGACGCGGGGCUAUUAUAGACGAGCAAGAAAUGGUGAGGUGCUUGAUGCAAGGAGAGAUUGCAGGUGCCGGAUUGGAUGUGUUUGAGAACGAGCCUCAUGUUCCCAGUGAGCUCAUUGCAUUAGACAAUGUUGUCCUGUCACCGCAUAGAGCUGUCCACACUGAGGAAACUUUGAUGGCUUUGGUUGAACUUGUGAUGGGGAACUUGGAAGCUUUCUUUUCAAAUAAACCUUUGCUUUCUCCUGUAAUAUUGGAUGAAUGAACAAUACAAUCUUUCUGUUUGCA